AAGAGCGGGGUUUGUCUGACAUCCAUCUGAAUGUAGCUGGAAGCUUCCCGGUUCCGCUCCUGACAACCCUGGACGGAUUCGUGUCGACUGCCCAGAGUCCGCGAAUUCAAGUCCGCUGUCUCCCGUGAUCAGCAAAUCUGUCGUUUCCGAAUAAUAAUAACACGAGGACGAGCCAGAAGCUCUGUUAAAACCAAGCCGGUGACCAGUGAGACUGACCACCCAACUCCCAUCAACAUGUCACUGCACCAGUUUCUGCUUGAGCCCAUCACCUGUCACGCCUGGAACCGGGACAGAACCCAGAUCGCCAUCAGUCCCAACAACCAUGAGGUUCACAUCUAUCAGAAGAGCGGUAACCAGUGGGUGAAGAGUCAUGAGCUGAAGGAGCACAAUGGACACAUCACAGGUAUCGACUGGGCUCCUAAGUCCGACCGUAUCGUGACGUGCGGAGCGGACCGUAACGCCUACGUCUGGUCUCUGAAGGACGGCGUCUGGAAGCCCACGCUGGUCAUCCUGAGGAUCAACAGAGCUGCUACCUUCGUCAAGUGGUCUCCUCUGGAGAACAAGUUCGCUGUGGGCAGCGGCGCCAGACUCAUAUCAGUCUGCUACUUCGAGUCUGACAACGACUGGUGGGUGAGUAAGCACAUCAAGAAGCCGAUCCGUUCCACCGUCCUCAGUCUGGACUGGCAUCCGAACAACGUGCUGCUGGCGGCUGGAUCCUGUGACUUCAAAUGCAGGGUGUUCUCGGCCUACAUCAAGGAGGUGGAGGAGAAGCCGGGCCCCACCCCCUGGGGGUCCAAGAUGCCGUUUGGGGCGGUGCUGGCUGAGUUUGGGGGUGCUGGGGGGGGAGGAUGGGUCCACUCUGUGUCCUUCUCCUCCUCUGGUAACAGACUGGCCUGGGUCUCACACGACUCCACUGUUACUGUGGUGGACGGUACCAAGGGAUCCACUCCGUCUCAGCUGAAGACGGAGUUCCUCCCUCUGCUCAGUGUUCUCUUCAUCUCUGAGAACAGCGUGGUGGCAGCGGGUCAUGACUGUUGUCCCAUGCUGUUCCGUUGUGAUGACGGAGGGUCCCUGACGUUUGUCUCUAAGCUGGACCUUCCUAAAGCCUCCAUCACUAGAAACAUCUCCGCUAUGGAACGCUUCAGAAACAUGGACAAGAGGGCGACCACAGAGGACCGUAACACAGCCCUGGAGACACUGCACCAGAACUCUAUCACUCAAGUCUCUAUCUAUGAGGGAGACCAGAGGGACUGUCGUAAGUUCUGCACCACGGGCAUCGAUGGAGCGAUGACCAUCUGGGACUUCAAGAGUCUGGAGGCGUCCAUCCAGGGGCUGAGGAUCAUGUGAAGGACCAGCUAACCCCCCCUCCC